GCCUGCAGGGUCGGGGUCGCCUGGCCUCUGCCUCAUCAAAGGGACCAAAAAUGUUACCAGGCAGUUUAGCGAGCUGGGGACGUCAGCUGAAACCUCAUUGGCCGAGAAAUGCAGGGGGCGUGGCUUUCUGGCUGGGGGUAUUUAACGCUUUGUUCCAUUGUUGCGCUGAGUGUUUCCCAGCUGGUCUGGCUCAGGAAAGUAGGGGAGGCCCGCAGUUAAAAGGGCACCACUGCACUCUCUCUCUCUUUUUUUUUUUUUUUAAAUUUUUAUUUUUAACAAGAGGCUCUUCUUCUUUUUCUAAAUUUUGCACUAUUAUUUCUUUGUGAAGAUGUCUUUUUCUUGCAAUCACUCUCUGGACGGCAGCUUCCCUCCGUCUCCAGCCGAGGAUCAUGGUGGGUCAAAGAGGCUGUCCUGGGGCAGUCUGCUGCACAGGCUGACCGAGCUGAAGGGGAUCAGUCACAGGGCCACAGCAGAUCACCAGUGCAGCAGGAGUGAAACUGGAUCUGUGGCAGACGUGUCGCUGUCAGACUCGGACAGCAGCUUCCUCUGUUACCCCCUGGAGGAGACCCUGGCUACAGAGGUUGUAGCAACUAUAACACAAAUUCUGAAUGAUGCAUCAGACGUCCUGGGCUGCUCCAAACUCAUCCUACCUGACUUUCUACUGCACAAUAUCAGCCAAGAGCUGCUCCACCUGGCAGCCAGCGAGCCCUGCGGCCUAAGGGGAGCCGUCAUCGACCUGUGUGUGGACAGGGGGGACCCGGGCUCCUUAUGUGCCGUGGAUCAAAUAGCAGUGGAUGCCACCCUGGUCCCAACGUUUCAUGUAACCCUGGUGCUGAGGCCCGAGUCCAGUGGGCUGUGGCCAAAGGUUCAGAAGCUGUUCAAGGGUGGCGCGUCCCCACAGACACCUGCGAGGCACCAGAACACCCUGAGGCUGAGUACGAGCUUCAGGGCUAUCAAGAGGAAACUGUACUGUUCAGGGGAGCUCCUGAUUGAGGAGUGCUGCUGACCAAGCACUCCUGUCUCUGAUUAGCUGAGCUGAACUCAUAUGUACUGUGAAAGGCGGCUGGUGGGUUAAGCAUAGUCUGUUUGUGACGACAAUAUGGUGUGACUCCAACAUGUCUAAUGGCACUGACAAGAUGGUCCUGAAAUAACAUGUAUGUGUCUUUUGUUGGUGUAUUUCUUGUUUAUCAAGGUUCAUGGCAGCUGCUCGCCUGGUUGCAGGUGACUCAACAGUGAAGACUCACGUUUGAACGAAUGAGUCAGUGUGUUUCCUAUGAAUGUAAAAUCCCACCCUGAAAAGUGUGGCAUACGUAUUUGAUAGUCAAAUAUGACCUGAAACUUGUGUGUUUUUUGUAUUUUCAUAAUUUUUCACAACUCAGAAGAAUAAAUUAUUUUAUAUUUAA